CUGUGGAUCUCCUGUCUUCAGUCGCACCGACUCAUUCACUCUCUCUCUCGGUCUCAGACCCACGGACUCUCUCUCUGUCUCUCUGUGUCUCUCCUCCGGGACUGGACCGGAAUCCCGCAGCCCCCGCAUGGCAGGUUCCUGAACGGGGUCACCUCUGGUGAAAGGUUUCCUGAGGAUCUGAAGAUUGGCGACUGGGAUGUUCUGGCUAUGUUUACACUAAAAGAACACAAACCCAAGCGUUAGCAGAAGAGAAACUGGAGCACCUUGUGGUCAUGAUGUAGUUUCCCCUCAUGUGACACCACUGUUGCUGGUCAGUUGUGAUUGUCUGGGUCUAACAAUGGAGGAGGAGGCCAUGGAGGAUCUGAACCUGGCCUUUCUGCUGGAACACGAGAGAGAAAUGAUCCUGAAGGUGCUGCAGAAGGACGAGAAGCUGAGGAAGCGAGAGGAGAAGAGGAUACGGAAGCUGAAAAAUGAGCUCCUCGAGAUCCGACGAAAAGGCACCCGCCGGCCCGAGGACUUGGGGGAGCGACAGUGCGCCCGCUGCUUGAAGACCUUUGGCCUGAUCUUCGACCGCGGGGAUCUGUGCGAGGAGUGUCAGCUGCGGGUCUGCAACGAGUGCCGCGUCCCCAACCCCAAAGGCCGCCAGUGGAAGUGCAACGUCUGUGCCAAGAUCUCGGAGCUGAAGGUGGUGACGGGAGAGUGGUUCCUGGAGGAGCGGUCCAAGCGCUUCGAUCAGGGGGGUCCGUGCAGUGAUGUGAUCAAACAGACAAUCAUGAGCAGCCCGAUCAUCACGGCCAAAUCCUCGACAGAGAACCUGUUGGACGAGCGGGAAACAACCGACUCCCCGAAAUCCAUCCGAAGCACAGCAGUCAGCUCUGUGGACGACGCCAAGAGGAAACGAAGGAUGAAGGCGGAUAAGAAGGGAAACCGACUCGCCUUGAAGGCCGGAAACGGAGUCGACGCCUUGAGCGUCAAGUCUGCCUCGGACGGAGACGCUCAAAGUGUUCGGAGUGUUCGCUCGGCUCCGAGUCCACGUUCAAACAGAGGAGGCGUUGUGGCCCAGGAGUCCUCGGGGACGCCAUCCGUGCUCAACAACCUACGAUCCCAAACUCCGGACAGAUCGUCCACAGCCAGCAACGGCCGGAGGGUCAGGCCUGAUGGAGCUGAAAGCGUUGCCAGUUUACCCUCCAGUGACGGCACGUCUGAGAAGAGAGCUGGUCGUCACAGGACCAACUCUGGCACGCCGGUCAUUUCUGUGUCACGGGCCUCGACCGUCUCAUCAGAUCAUAGUCGCUCAGAAAUGGACUUGUCAGUUCCAGGUUCUGAACCCAGCAGUGAGGAAGCCCUGAGUCUCAGAAGCCGAUCGGUGCCCGGACUCAAUGAUACAGAGUUUUCCGAGGACGACGCGGAGGAGGACAUCGAUGCUCUGUUGUCCGCUCACAGCAAGGCCCCGCGACGGCGCCUCAGCAACGCAGUGUCAACGUCUUCCACUCCUGGCUCAGAGAGAAAGUGGGGUUACCUGAAUGUCCUCGACUCGGAUGCUGAGACUAGCAGCAUAAACAGCAUGAUGAGCAUGUACAGUGACACCGGUGACUAUGGCAACGCCAGGGUGAGCGGCGAGAUCCUGCUCAACAUCAACUACAGCUACAAGACGGGCGCGCUCAACGUCCAGGUCAAAGAGUGUCACAAUCUGGCAACCGGAGACGAGAGGAGGCAACGCACGGACGCCUACGUGAAGACGUACCUGCUGCCCGACACGUCACGACAGAGCAAGAGGAAGACGAGGGUGAAGGCCAACACCAUCAACCCGGUGUUCAACGAGAACCUGAGGUACGUGAUCAGCCACUCGCAGCUGGAGACCCGGACCCUGCAGGUCUCCGUGUGGCACCACGACAGGUUCGGACACAACAGCUUCCUGGGAGAAGUGGAGCUGGCGUUCGACAACUGUGACCUGGAUUCGCAGAUGGAGGAGUGGUACGCUCUGCAGCCAAAGGUGGAGAGCAGUAUGGACACCACGGUGCAGUAUAAAGGAGAGCUGACCGUCGUGUUGAAGUACAUUCCUGCGGAGAAGAAUCUCGCGCUGCCGCUGGACCAAGUGCAAGUGAAGAAAAGCUUCCUGAAAAGCAAGAGGACGAGCAACUUCACUCUCCCUAAAGGCGGAAUGGUGGAGCUGCUGGUCAAAGGAGCCAAAAAUCUAACUGCCGUCAAGUCUGGAGGGAUUUCUGAUCCGUUUGUGAAAGGGUACCUGCUUCCUGACAACAACAAGUCGACCAAGCACAAGACGGCGGUGGAGCGGCGCACCGUGAACCCACAGUGGAACCACACCUUCACCUACUGUGGUCUUCAGCCCGGAGACCUCAACAACGUCUGCCUGGAGCUCACCGUGUGGGACAAAGAGACCAUGGGCAGCAACGUCUUCCUGGGAGGAGUCAGACUCGGAGCUGGCACAGGCAAAAGCUACAGCAACGAUGUCGACUGGAUGGACUCGUACGGCGAGGAGCAGCAGCUUUGGCAACGCAUGAUCGAAAACCCCGAGGUUCCUCACGAGUGUACGCUGAUGCUGCGAUCGAGCAUGCGCAGCAGGUUGUACACAUGAGCCGCCCGGACUUAAAGCACAGUUAGAGGGGACGGAAAAAUGGCGUGAGGAGAGAGAGAGAGAGAGCUACAUUCUUUUUUUUCCACCCCUCCUUGUCCAGAUCUCUCCUCCUGUCCAGAACCGCCAACCAUGCCUUACACCCUCAUCUACACGUGUCUCGCUGCUCCACAAAGCAUCGCCUCGUCAUCGUGUUUACUGCUGUAGAUGAAAAUACGAUACAUGUAUGUAGGUUAUAAUGCAAAAUAAGCACACAAUGGCGCCGGUCCCGACGUCCGUCCGCAUCUCUGUGAUUCUCGCGCUGGAGUAAGGCCGUCGCCGAGGCACUGAUUAAUAACGUAGCGACGUAAACAUUCCCUUUACGAGGAGCUAAGCUGCAUCCUGGUCCGAAGCACACGGCCGUGCUGGUGUUUGUUGCCACAGUGACAGCUGGAGACGGAGGUGGAAAGUGACUGGAACGUUGGUGAGUCGUGACGCCAAGGCUUUUCUGUAUUAGGGUUCCCACGGGUCCUUGAAAUCCUUGAAGGUUUGUGUAAAUCGCACUGAAUAGACAUGGAUCAAUCAAAGUGCUUGAAUUUCGCGCAAGAAAGAAGUGAAGUUGACAUUUAGGUAAACGUCUCCCUUGUUUGUUACGACACCACCUACUGUUCCAUGCGCCCUGCGUUCAACAAACGUCGAGUCAUAAUUACUAAACUGUCCACUGUCUCUCUCUCUCGCUCUCUGCCGUUGACGUGAGCGAGUAACGUUAAAGCAAGAGAGAGCGAAUGGCGACGUGAUGCCUGGGAAAUGCAAAUUCCAAGAUCUCUGUCUCACCAAAGAAAAUGACAAAGACUGACUUUGUCCAAGAUCCCAAGGACAAUCACUUGUCCAGAUGCAGAGCGUGCUGCAAAUCAAUGAAAGUGGACACCAUCAGGGGGCGGAGACGCUCUUCCAAGUUGCCAUCUUCCAUCUUAUUAAGCUGUGUCAGCACAUUCGGUCCUUGAAUUUGAGGGGAAUUGAUCCUGGAAAGUCCUAGAAAAGUUCUUGAAUUUGAUGUCAGCCAAGGUGUGGGAACCCUGAGUAAUGUUUUAAUCAUUAGCAUUAUCCUGAAAUAUGGUCCUGCUAAGUUAAGCCCACAAUUUCUCAACUUUAUGACCAGAAAAAGAUAUUGUAUGAGGUCAUAGUGACUUUGAACCUUUGAGCACAAAAUCAGUUGACAUUUGUGUCAAUUUUUAAAAAAACCCUGUCCUAAAUAUCACGUUAGCAAGAAUAGUACAGAUGAACCCAGCACAAUGUAUUUUACAGGGGCAUUAAAAGCCACCGUCUUACAUAUUUCAAACGGAGUUUGAGAUAUUUGAAGAGCAUUUUGCUGUGAGCUCCCGCUAAUUUUAUACCCUUUGUCCGCAUGCGUCACUUUAGCUUGACUUGGCUAACUUCAGUAGUUAGCUCAGUGCCCUCAGUCUCGUCUAGUCUGACCGGCAUGGGGCCAGUGAAGUGAAAACGAGUUCAACUUUUUUGGGAAAAAGAACCGGAUAGUUUGCAACCUGAGACCCCUGAAUUAGCUGUCAGUAACUGGACUCAGUAUGUUUGAAUGAUGAGUUAUGGCUAGCAUCGUCCUAGCAGGUACAGCGGGGAGUGACAGGAGAGAGAAAAAAAACACAAAACAAUCUGUGGCACAAAAAGUCUUUUCCAUAAUUUAGAUUUAGAGUCAAUGUAAAUUUACAUAACAGUGUGUUUUACAGGGGCAUUAAAAGCCACCAUCGUGUAUUAGAGGAGCAUUUUGCCAUGAGCUCCUGCUAAUUUUUACCCUUUGUCCACAUGACAAACUUCAGUAGUUAGCUCAGGAGUCUCAGUCUCACAUAACUUGGGGGCUACUCAUUGUCUAGUCUCGCCAGUAGGGGGCCAAUGGAGUGAAAACAAGUUCAAGUUUUUGGUGAAAAAUUAACCGUUAAGUAGCAGUGGGGGAAGUUAAAAAAAUUAUACCAUUACGAUAUUGUCAUUACCGUAUUUGUGACAAUAUUUCACAAUUUUAGUAUCUUUGUUGACAUGGGACAACGUGUAGUUCGCAAUAAACACAUAUUCACAAUGCUAAAUUGGCUUUUUUUGAGACCCCUGAGUUAGCUGUUAGCAAGUUCGAAUGAUGAGUCAUGGCUGUUUAGCAUUAGCAUGCUAGCCCUUGCAGCGGGGAGUUACAGGAGAACUCUCGGUUAACUUUCCACCUCCGAAUGUCUGAGAGAGCGAGAGAGAGAAAACUAAAUCUGUGGCACAAAACCUUUUCCAUAAUUUAGAUUUAGAGUCAGUGUAAAUUAACAUAACACUGUAUCAGUGUGAUAAUAAUAGAAACUGCAUGGUACUGUAUUAGCCAAAAACCGAGGUAGACGAACAAAUGGUUACGUAAUUAAAGCACUGAUCAUGACAUCACUUUGCACUCAGAAAAAGGAAGUUUAGAUAUUUUUUGUGUGUGUUUAAAAAGAGUGAGUCAGCACUGAGCUGAGCCGUGUUCAUC